GCGUGUACGUCAGGAGUGGACGUCUCUAUGGUUACAGAUAACGCUUUUCUCAGAACCGAGACAGCUGGUACCGUCUGCCGUGUGCGUGUCCGGUGGACUUCUCUUACAAUCCGCAUCAUGUCCGGACCGGCGCCGACCAGAAUAAAACCAAACGCUCAAAACCCCGGGCUCGCCAUGGCGGCCCGAUCCACGAUGCGUCUGAAUAAGAUCUCCAAAAUAUCUGGCUUUGGAACCCAAAGCCGGAUAAACUACAGCCUCGCCAACCGCAGCGUCAUGGGAAUGUCUAGCAGGAGGAGUAUAAGUCUGAACGCCGACAGCAAAGCCACGGACAAGAGCGCCUUCCCGGGCAUCAAGCAGGCCGUGCCGAUAUAUGACGAUGCAGGAAAUAACGUCGCACCACAUCCACUUUUCCAAGCGGAACCAGGAGCUGUACCCCAAAAACCGAGUAAACUCUUCACUCCCCCAGAGUCGUCCGGAGUAGCCGCCUCCGAUAUCUUCUCCUCUGUGUCCUUCCAGCAAACCGGAAUCAGUUCAAGUUUCGUGGGUCCGUUUUCAAGAUCGACGUUUGGCGGAAGCAGCUUCACAAAAUCCAGCAGAGAAAAUGAAUCCCUGCUGGAAGAAAUGGAGGAUCCCGGUUACCGGCGAGACGUUACCGGUAACGUCGGCGGAUUACAUUUUUGUCCUUCGGAUGUCCCAGUAAAGCGAGAAGAGGUGCCGGAGAAGCCGGGCGAAGAGGAUUUAAGUAAAAUCAUCGACAUUUGCCUGACGGAGACGGACACCGUGUGGCUCCUGGACAUGCCGCCCUUGCUGCUCUCCGCGGAAUCCGAAGAAGCCGAAAGAGUCCGCGAGCGGAAUAACGCCUACGUGGAGCUUUGUAAAAGCAGGGCCGGGAACGACCGAUACGUCGAGAGAUCAAUGCAGACUUUUAACGGCGCCCCCAAGAGUAAAGAGGUUCAGUGCGAGAGGAUCGGCUCGGCAGACGCAGGGGUCAUGGCUUCUGCGUGGGACUUGUACGAUUCAUUUAAUUCCCCCGAAAUCCCGCCAGCGAAAGUAUUAUUGGAUGCAGCCAUCACAUCACAAAGCGUCGCCAGCAGCCAAACCGACACAAGCCGAGGAACGGGGUCCGUAAGCUCCAUUGACAGGGGAGACGUGUCUUCGAGUACCGUGACCGAGAUCGACCGACUGUCCGUCCGGAGGAUCCCGGAGGAGAACGUGCCAGACGGAGACGAAAUCCUAAAAUCAGAGAAGUUUCAACAAGACCUGUUUUUCAUGGAGCGGAUCGUGGUGGAAAAUAUUUUUCAGCCAAAGCUGGCCGCCUACCGGCAACUACCGGUAUUUGCAGAUCCCGAAGCUGCUGUUGAAACGAAUGAUUCAGUCGCCCCGGUCGUCGCGUCUCCCAGCUUAGAUCGGCUUUGGUCGUUCGUGUGCGAUGUCACUAAAAGCCGCAACGUCAGCAGCUGCGCCUGGAACAAGAAAAACCCUGACCUCUUGGCCGUCGGUUAUGGGCAGUUUGGAUUUAAAGAGCAGAAAGGCGGGUUGGCUUGUUGCUGGUCUCUGAAGAACACCAUGUGGCCGGAGCGCAUCUUCCAUUGUGAAAGCGGAGUGACCGCUCUGGAUUUCUCGGCUUCUUCCCCAAAUCUCCUAGCCGUGGGGAUGUAUGACGGCACGGUGGCGAUCUUCAACGUGCAGAACAGCAGCGACACGCCGGUGCUGGACAGCAGUGAUAACCCAAACAAACACACGUGUCCUGUGUGGCAGCUGAAGUGGAUCGAACGUCACGGUAACGGCCUCGGAGAGGAUAAAGGAGAGAUUCUGGUGUCGAUAAGCGCCGACGGCCGGAUAACUAAAUGGCGCAUCAGGAAGGGGCUGGACUGCAGCGAUCUGAUGAAAUUAAAACGCACGGGAAGUGAAAGGACCAAAAAAUCUGCGGUAGAAAAAGAAAACAAGAGCGAAGCGUUCAUUUCACGGCAGGCCCCGGGGAUGUGCUUCGACUUCCACCCCAAGGACUCAAAUAUCUAUCUGUCGGGCACUGAAGAAGGACACAUUCACAAAUGCUCCUGUUCUUACAACGAGCAGUUUUUAGAUACGUAUCGAGCGCACAAGGGGCCCGUGUAUAAGAUCACUUGGUCUCCGUUCUGCCCGGACGUGUUUCUGAGUUGCUCCGCAGACUGGGCCGUUCACUUAUGGCGUCAGGACGUUCUGAAACCCGUCCUAAGCUUCUCCACCUCGACCAGCGCCGUGUACGACAUCAUGUGGUCUCCCUCCUCGCCGCUGGUCUUCGGAGCCGUGACCGAGAACGGCGUAGAGAUUUGGGAUCUGGGCGUCAGCACGUUAGAUCCGGUCGUCGCGAGUUCUGCAAACCCAGGAGUGAGACUUACGACAAUUUUAUUCGCGAAGAACACGAAUUGCGUCCUUGUCGGGGACAGCGACGGCCAGGUGAACGUGUACGAGCUGAGGAACGCGGCCAGCACGGGGGGCUCGGAGGGAAAAGCUUUAUACGACAUAAUUGAAGCGACAUUAGCCAGCCAGCUGUGAUUUACGAGCAGGAACGCUGCUGAUGAUGUCAUAGCUCUAAUUCCCACUAAUAACAAAAUCUCGCUGCCGUGACUCCCGGAUCCCGCAGAUGGAUUUUCUAAAUGAUAGUAAAAUAAAUAUAUUUAAAAUAGUUGGUUUUACGGUUCGGCUACUUUGUACUUUG